GAAGAUUUGAACUCCAAAGAUGCAUCCUAUCGCGCACCAAGGCCAAGUAAAAGCAUCUCCAUGCCUUACAAUGGCAGAAGUGCGAAAGCUAGUUCAAACUAUUCCAUGUUUUCGCGUAUCCAAAUUGACCAAUAUCCAGAAUCAAAGAUUAUUGAGAAUAAAGUCACCAGAGGCCGCAAGGCUGCUCUACUUCAGAGCGUACUAAGCACCAAGGGUGGCAAGGAGGCGAAUAUCCGAAAGCACAAGUGCAAAAUCUGUGGGGGAAGAUUUCGCCGCCAAGAGAAUUUGAAAAGACAUUUUAUAAGUGUGCACACGGAAGAAAAGCCCUAUCUGUGUCUGGUCUGUGACAUGAUGUUCUCUCGGCCGGAUAAUUUGGGCCAUCAUAUGAAAACCCACAAACAAGCAUGAAAAUCUCUCAAUAUCGGAGAUUUAUAAGUGAAGCAGUUCAAUUACAUGCCUCG